CUACGCACUGCCCGCCGCACCUUGCCGCCCGCCUCGCACCAGUCAGCAGCUGUGGCUCGUGUUGGCUGAACCAUCUAUAGGGCCAUCUUCUUUUUCUUUGCCGUAGGACUCCUAAAACAACACAAACAAAAUGGCGGAUGAUGAUAAAAAGCGUCUCGAGGAGGCGAAGAAGGCCAAACAGGCCGAGAUCGACCGCAAGCGUGCUGAGGUGCGCAAGCGUAUGGAGGAGGCCUCCAAAGCUAAGAAGGCGAAGAAGGGUUUCAUGACACCUGAGAGGAAGAAGAAGCUCAGGUUGCUGCUUCGUAAGAAAGCCGCUGAGGAGCUGAAGAAGGAGCAGGAACGCAAAGCGGCUGAGAGGAGGCGCAUCAUCGAGGAGAGGUGCGGUAAAGCCAAGAACAUUGACGAUGCCAACGAAGAUACGCUUUCGAGGGUUUGCAAAGAAUACCACACCCGCAUCGGUCAGCUCGAGGAUGAAAAGUUCGAUCUGGAAUACAUCGUUAAAAGAAAAGAUAUGGAGAUCUCCGACCUGAACUCUCAAGUCAACGACCUCAGAGGCAAAUUCGUUAAACCCACACUAAAGAAGGUGUCCAAAUACGAGAACAAAUUCGCCAAGCUCCAGAAGAAGGCCGCCGAAUUCAACUUCCGUAACCAGUUGAAGGUUGUCAAAAAGAAGGAAUUCACCCUUGAAGAAGAAGACAAAGAGGGUGGCGCUGCCGGCAAGAAAAAACCAGACUGGUCCAAGGGCAAACCCGGAGAUCAGAAGGAAGGUGAGGCAGCGCCUGCGGGUGAGGGUGCACCCCCGGCGGAAGGUGCGCCCCCGGCGGAGGGAGCGCCCCCGGCAGAGGGUGCGCCCCCAGCUGAGGGAGCGCCGGCUGCACCUGCUGAGGGAGCCCCGCCGGCAGAAGGGGCUCCUGCUGCACCACCUGCAGAAGGUGCCCCCGCUCCUGCUGCACCUGCGGAAGGAGCCCCAGCUGCACCUCCAGCAGAAGGUGCACCAGCAGCACCACCAGCAGAGGGUGCUCCCGCGCCAGCACCACCUGCAGAAGGAGCGCCGGCUCCAGCGCCAGCGGCUGAUGCUGCGCCAGCUCCCGCUCCUGCACCAGCCCCUGAAGCAGCCCCUGCGCCAGCGCCGGCGCCCGCGCCGGAGGCUGCACCUGCAGCACCUCCACCAGUCGAAGCGUCCGCCUAAGCAACAUAAGAAGCUGAUAUUUACAAUUAAGUGAAAAACAAAUUCAGAUGAAAAUAAUGUGUCACUCAUAAUAUUCUCGUCUAAGCACUAGAGCCAUUGGUUCGCUGUAAGCCUUCAUUUGUUAAUACAUUGUCAUACUAAAACAUGUCAUUCUACAGCGUUUGUUAUUUUUAUACUAUUUCGUGAAUAUCGUGUAGACAAUAAUUUUGUAUGAUGUAUAAAACGAAUAAAGUGGACUUGUUUCAUUUAAAA